AUGACGCGCAUUCUCUGUGUCGCCGAGAAGCCUUCUAUUUCGAAAGCGGUCGCUGGCCAUCUUUCCGGUGGUCAAUACCAAACAAACAACACCCGCAAUACUUACAUCAAAAACUACACCUUUGACUAUGACUUUGGGCCACCGUGGGGGCACUGCUCAGUGACCAUGACCGCCGUGAAGGGCCAUCUCACAACCGUUGAAUUUCCGUCCGACUACAAGCAAUGGGAGUACCCGCCGCCCGACCGACUCUUCGACGCCCCCGUGCUGACGGUCAUCCCCCCUGACAACAAGUCUAUCGCAAAGAACAUCGAAGAUCAAGCGAGACGCGCCCGAUGGGCUUGUCAUCUGGACCGAUUUGCGAUCGAGAAAGGUGAAACACAUCGGAAAGCGAGAUCAGGUCUGCCGCGAGGAAAAGGCAACAGCAAUAUCCAGAUCAAGCGGGCAAGGUUUAGCAAUAUCGAAAAGAGCCAAGUAGACGCUGUGUCGGCACGCAUCGAGCUCGACCUGAGGAUAGGGUAUGCCUUCACUCGGUUCUUGACCCUCAACCUCCGCCCCCUAGGAGGGCCUCUGUCCAAGCUCACACUCAGCUACGGGUCUUGCCAGUUUCCUACUCUCGGCUUCGUCGUGGAUCGGUAUUUCCGGGUCAAGAACUUCGUCCCCGAGACCUUCUGGGGAAUCAAAAUGAUGCACGAGAGGGACGACAUCAAGGUCAACUUCAACUGGUCCAGACACCGGCUGUUUGACCGCAUGUCGGUCGUCAUCUUCUACGAGCGAUGCCUCGCGGCCAGGACGGCCAAGGUCACCAAGGUCCAGGAGAAGCCCACCAAAAAAUGGAAGCCACUCCCGCUCACAACGGUCGAGAUGCAAAAGAUGGCCACCCGGUUCCUGCGCAUGACGGGUCAGCAGGCCAUGACCGUGGCCGAGAAACUCUACAACAAGGGCUUCAUCAGCUACCCGCGCACCGAAACCGACCGCUUCGACAAGGGGAUGGACCUCCGGGCUCUGGUGCGCAAACAAACCCAAGACAACCGCUGGGGCGCCUUCGCGCAGAACCUCGUCGACGGCGGCUUCCAGCAACCACGGCAGGGCCGGCACGACGACAAAGCCCACCCGCCCAUCCACCCAAUCACCUACGCCGCGGCCGGGGCGCUCGACGACAGCGAGCGGCGCGUCUACGAGCUCGUGGCCUACGGGGACGAGGCCUUCCACGCGCACGGCGUCAUCGUGCUGGCGCGCAACUACCUCGACGUCUACCCCUACGAGAACUGGACCGGCACCGCCCAGCUGCCGCGCUUACACGCGUCGGCGAGCGCUUCGAGCCCACCGAGGCCAUGCUCGACCGAGGGCAAGACCGGCCCCCCCGGCUACCUCACCGAGGCCGACCUGAUCGCCCUCAUGGACGCCAACGGCAUCGGCACCGAUGCCACCAUGGCCGAGCACAUCGAGAAGAUCCAGGAGCGCCAGUACGCCAGGACCGUGGAACGCGGCGGCGGCGGGGGUGGUGGCAACGGCGACGGCGACGGCGACGAACCAGAGGCCGCUCCCGCGGCGGCGAGGGGAGGCGGGCGCGGACGUGGCAGGGGCCGCGGCGGUCGCGGCGGCGGCGCACGGGGUGGCGGGCGUGGGGGGGCGGGUGCAGGCCGGGGCGGCGUGCGCGAGUUCAUCCCGACCAGUCUGGGGGUGGCGCUGAUCGAGGGGUUUGACCGGAUGCGCUUCGAGACCAGCUUGGGCAAGCCGUUCCUGCGCAAGGAGAUGGAGCUCAAGAUGAAGGCCAUUUGCGACGGGCGCACCACCAAGCAGGCCGUCCUGCACGAGAGCCUGAGCGAGUAUCGGCAGGUCUAUGACCAGUCGCGCGCCGAGCUCAACAUCCUAAAAGCAGGCACUAACGCCGGACGAUCUCGCGUGGUGGGAGAGCGGGAUGUCAUGUGGAUUGGCGGUGGUGCAGACAGAUGGACGGGGACACGCAGUUCCCAGGGCCGCCAAAGCAUCGAUCGCAUGGCCUGCGAACGCAUGGCGGGGCGCGGUGCGAGGGGUGAUAGGUAG